UGGCGAUAGCAAUGGAUGUGGAAAAUGACGAAGAGAAAACUUCGGAACCUCCACAAAAAAUCAAGGAAUUACUGAAGGAGUUCCAAGACAUUCUUCCCGACAACCUUCCGAACGAGCUGUCGCCAUACCAAACACACCAGCCCGAGAUCGUGGAAGAACCAGGUUCGAAGCUGACCUUCCGAGCACCAUAUCGGCUCAGCCCCACAGAGCUAGCCGACAUGAAGAAGCAGAUUGAGUAUCUCCUCGCAAAAGGACUCAUCCGACCAUCCACUUCGCCAUACGGUGCCCCAGUACUCUUCACACCGAAAUUGGACGGAAGCCUGCGCAUGUGCAUCGAUUACUGAGCUCUCAACAAGCAGGCCAUC